AUGCCUCUUUGUGGAAGUUCUUCUAGUAGGCAGCCGAUUGAGCGUAAAAUAGUUAUAUUAGGGGAUGGUGCAUGUGGUAAGACGUCUCUUUUGAAUGUUUUCACUAGAGGGUACUUUCCGAAAGUGUAUGAGCCUACGAUUUUUGAGAACUAUAUUCAUGAUAUAUUCGUGGACAACCAGCAUAUCUCGUUGAGUUUGUGGGACACGGCGGGUCAGGAAGAAUUUGAUAGGUUACGAUCGUUGUCGUACAGUGACACGCAUACUAUAAUGUUGUGUUUUUCUGUAGAUUCGCGGGACUCGUUGGAGAACGUGAAGAACAAGUGGGUUGGUGAGAUUGCGGAUCAUUGUGAGGGUGUGAAGCUUGUGCUAGUGGCGUUGAAGUGUGACUUGCGUAAUUUGGAGGAAUUCGGGAACGAGUCCACUGCGAUUACGCCGGGAAACAUCCACAACAAGAAUGCUGCUGCUGGCCAACAAGCGAAGGACAAUGGUUUGAUCAGCUACGAGGAAGGGUUAGAGAUGGCUAAGCAGAUCGGUGCAUUGCGUUAUUUGGAGUGCAGUGCGAAGAUGAAUAGAGGUGUCAACGAGGCUUUCACAGAAGCUGCUCGUUGUGCGUUGACCGCCACACCUAAAGGUGCUAACGACUCGAUACCUCAGGAUAAAGGAAGUAGCUGUACAAUUAUGUAA